UUUGUAAACUAAUUAAAAUAAGAGUGUUAAGUGCUGCAGGAGCAUAUCGGUCUUCGUAUUCCGCCCUUAGAGUUCCAGGCGCAAAAAGAGCCAUUUGAAAGCAACUUUUGAGCGGCAUUAUCGAACUGUGUGUGGCGUAUUUUAUUAGUUUUGUGAAGUAACCGAAAAAAACAAAAAAAACAAACAAAAUGUCGACAGUCGAUAAGGAAGAACUGGUCCAGAAGGCUAAACUGGCCGAGCAAUCAGAGCGCUACGAUGACAUGGCCCAGGCCAUGAAAUCCGUCACAGAGACCGGCGUUGAGCUUUCAAAUGAGGAAAGAAAUCUGCUCUCCGUUGCCUACAAAAAUGUGGUCGGUGCCCGCAGGUCAUCGUGGCGUGUCAUCUCCUCCAUUGAGCAGAAAACCGAAGCAUCCGCUAGAAAACAGCAGCUCGCCCGUGAGUACAGAGAGCGUGUGGAGAAGGAGCUGCGGGAAAUCUGCUACGAAGUUUUGGGACUUCUGGACAAAUACCUUAUUCCAAAAGCCAGCAAUCCCGAGAGCAAGGUGUUCUACCUGAAGAUGAAGGGUGAUUAUUACAGGUAUUUAGCCGAGGUUGCCACAGGAGAUGCACGCAACACCGUUGUCGAUGACUCGCAAACCGCUUACCAGGAUGCAUUUGACAUUAGCAAGGGUAAAAUGCAGCCAACACAUCCCAUCCGUUUGGGUCUGGCCCUUAAUUUCUCUGUUUUCUACUAUGAGAUUUUGAACUCGCCAGACAAAGCUUGCCAAUUGGCUAAACAGGCAUUCGAUGAUGCGAUAGCCGAGCUGGACACACUCAACGAGGACUCCUACAAGGACUCGACACUCAUCAUGCAACUGUUGAGGGACAACCUGACCCUCUGGACCUCCGAUACCCAGGGCGACGGCGAUGAGCCACAGGAGGGCGGUGACAACUAACCAAACAACUAAGCAAAAAAUGUUUCCUUUUUGACUAUGCAAAUAUUAUUCAGUAAUAC